CUUCAUUGAAUGAGUCAAACUGGAUAGGACCAUCGUCAUACUUGAUUGGGUAAGGCGGGCGUGGGUGACGUUGAGGAAGGGUGGCGGGCAAGGCCCCCAUUUGGCGAGAUGGAUAUGCUGAAUCCCGUGGGGGAGUCGGCUAUUCCAGUGAAUGGCCAGUGCCAGCUCAGUUGUCUCGCUUGGGUGACACAGGCAGAAGCUCGCAAGUUGGUUUUAGAGGGUGGGCAUAUCAAGGCUCGACGGAAUUACUCGCAGGGCGAUACACAAGACCAUUGUCGACUGAACUAUCCAACUCCGUGCCCAUGCAAUGUAACCAAUGCUGGCAGGAGUCAGCACACCAUCUACAAUACCUUCCGAGCAGUAGCCAUUGGUGCAAUUGCGAAGGUAGAUGCUAUACGCCUCCAGUAUGCUGACUUGGCGUCACGCCUCGGAUCCAACAGCAGGCAUUUGCUUAUCUGGAUGGCAGACGGACUAGGCGGAGGUCAUGACGCGUUGAUGUUGGUUCUUGUUCGUCUGAUUAUGCCUACAUUCCUUGACGGAGGGGAUCAACCAAUGUAGAGGUACUGGGCAGGGACUUACUGGAACAGUAGCGUGUGUGAGGCGCGGGGAGAAAAUACGUCAAUCUCAGGAUCUUCCGUCCUGUCGCUUCUUCCUCUCUGCCAUCCGAGGUACCCACGGGCC